UCAGCUUUCAGCGAUGACUGGCACUAUUAUAUACAGGAUAACUACCAUAAGUUUGACAGGAAUAACAUUUAACUAAUAACCUCCCAAGUCCCAAGCCAAGUUUCCAGCUCACAUUUCGUGAGCACAAGAACCCGACGCAGUUGGUGGGAGGGAGUGGGACAGACAGCUGGAAAAACAAAGCAUAACAGAUCGCCUCCCAGAAAAAUGCGGUUUAUGAGAUGAGAUUGGUGUCCCAAGGAGUGGAAGGAGAAUGGACUAGGGUUCUGAGUGGACCGCGCAGUCGUCGCCGAUGACCGACGUCCGGCAGCGCCGGGAUCCGAGCAUGAGACCCCCCCUUGUACCUCUCGCCACCCUUAUUGGUCGCGAGCUCCACGGAGACAAGUCCGAGAAGCCCACCGUCAAGUGCGGCCACCACGCCUUCGCCAAGCGGGGCGAGGAUUACUUCCUUGUCAAGCCCGACUGCCUCCGGAUCCCCGGCAACCCUUCCUCUUCCUUCUCCGUCUUCGCGAUCUUUGAUGGGCACAACGGAGUGUCUGCGGCCGUGUUCACAAAAGAGCAUCUUCUGGACAAUGUUAUGAGUGCGAUUCCUCCGGGGCUUGGUAGGGAGGAGUGGCUCCAGGCCCUUCCACAGGCUCUGGUUGCUGGUUUCGUGAGGACUGAUAUAGAUUUCCAGCGAAAAGGAGAGACUUCGGGAACCACCGUGACCCUCGUCGUGGUUGAUGGGUGGACGGUCACGGUUGCAUCGGUGGGUGACUCGCGGUGCAUACUGGAUACACAGGGUGGUGUGGUUUCUUUGCUGACUGUCGAUCAUAGGCUGGAAGAGAAUGCUGAGGAGAGGGAACGCGUUACUGCCAGUGGGGGGGAGGUGGGGAGGCUUAAUCUUUCUGGCGGGCAGGAGGUGGGUCCGCUCCGCUGCUGGCCGGGUGGCUUAUGCCUUUCAAGGUCAAUAGGUGAUACGGAUGUGGGUGAAUUCAUCGUCCCGAUACCACAUGUUAAGCAAGUGAAGCUAUCAAGAGCUGGAGGACGCCUAAUAAUUGCAUCAGAUGGCAUAUGGGAUGCUUUGUCAUCUGAGAUGGCUGCCAAGGCUUGCCGAGGGAUACCUGCAGAACUUGCUGCAAAGCUUGUUGUUAAGGAAGCUUUGAGAAAAAGUGGCCUGAAAGAUGACACAACUUGCGUUAUCGUUGAUAUUGUUCCACCUCCUCCUGAUCCUUUAAUCCUACCACUGUCUCCAAAAAAGCAUCAAAAUAAGUUUACAUCUCUUCUUUUUGGGAGAAAGUCACAGAACACUGCGGGUAAACAUACAAACAAACUUUCUUCUGUUGGUGUGGUUGAGGAACUAUUUGAAGAGGGUUCUGCAAUACUGGAAGAAAGGUUGGGUAAAAAUUUCCCAUUGAAGGCAAACUCAGGGCCUUUCCGAUGUGCAAUAUGCCAAGUGGAUCAAACACCAAAUGAGGGUUUAUCUGCUACUGUAGGUUCUUAUUUUUCACCCACAUCAAAACCACAGGAGGGCCCUUAUCUUUGUGUUGAGUGCAGAAGAAAGAAGGAUGCCAUGGAAGGAAAACGACGAAGCCGGACGACAGUUUCUAGUAAUGACAGUGUUAUUUUUCAAGAAAUCCUGUUGUCAAUCCGCUAGGCGGCCUCAGGUUUUUGGUUUGAGAGCUCCCAGCUUAUGAAGUAGUGGAAUAAAGAAUUUUACUGAAUUCAAUUACAGUGAAAUCAUCAUGAGGCACAUGGCUGUCAUACCCAAAAUCCAUUUGAAGUUACGCUGAAGAUGAGGUCUUUUGGAGUGAGGGAUUCUCCUGCGGGGGCUGGCUUUGAUGUGCCCUCGCGGCAUGUGGCUCUUCUGGCGCACUGGGGGUUACGUGAUGCUGGUGAGCCGUGUUGGGUGCUCCUCUCUGCGUGCCUUCCGCCACCUGCUGCAACGAUUGUGUCCUCAGGGCAGUUAGAUACAGGGCGAUCCCAAGGAAGACCGUUAUCAAUCCAAAAAUUCCUGCUGCUGCAAAUAACCCUGGCCGAAUUACAUGGCAGCUGGGCCUUGGUUUUGUCCAUUGGCUCAGAUGGCUGGAUUCCACGGCCAUGCCAAUCAUCAGAAGCACCUCAGCGAUGGUAAAACAGAUCCUGCAAGCAAAACACAAAUGGUCAAAAUUUCUUUGCUCUGUUUGUUCCAUGUCACCACAUUUCCAUGCAGGCUUUGACAGAUGAUAUAUGGCAUGGCGUAUGUGGUGAUGAUAGCUGCAGUUGGAUUUUUGAUGCACAUGUAGACAUUCUUACCAGGUUGCCAGAAAAAGAAAACAGGCCUGCCAUGCAAGAAUUUUGGAGGAUGAUGGCAAGCGUGGAUCCUCUGGGGACCAGGCUAGUGAUGCCGGAGGUUUAGAGCUUAUAACUGCAACCAACAUAUAGGCAUGCUCUGCGAACAUGGCCACCGCAAGCAGCAAGAAUGCACUCACAGCAAACCCCAGCGGUCUCCGACCGCUCCCGUCGUAGACGCACUGGUAUGCCUUAACGCCAUUGCCUUGGUUGCCCACGAUAUACCAAGUGGCCUGCCAAAGUAUUCAAUGAUGAUUCAAAGGGCGCAAAACGCUUUGUGCACUCAGCAUGGGGCCUUAACACAUUAACGCUUACCUCAGUCCUCGAGCCCUCAGCGGCGAGGCAUAAAACGAAGCUGAAGAGGCCACAGACCACGGAUAGAGCCACAAGGAAGAGAGCUAGCCUGCUCCUGACUUCGGUGUUCCGGUGGGCCCUGAGGGACAAAUCAUCAUGCGUGAUUGCCAUGGUGGAUGAUCUCUGGGAUGUGAACCGGCCCCAGAAAUAUAGGACUCCGGGAACCGAGGUGGUAUUACAAAGAGAAGGCCUGGGAUGUGGUAGAAGGGAGGAAUCCACGAGAAGCAUUGCUUGCAGCAGAGGUGGCGGUGUUGCGUGCUGUGGGAGGGAUUCCCGUGCUUUUGUAGCACUUCUUAGUGCAGGCUUUGCAAGCUGUUUCUCUAACACGAAAAAGAUGCCGCCUAUUAAAAUAA